UUCAAGUCAUCGUCUGGGCUGUGUCUCAAAUCACAUACUAGUCUACUGGGUGUAAUGUUAAACUACACUCCUGCAUGAGAUCCGCUCAGACACACUGUUCAGAAGGGGCCGUGUGCGGUUUGGGACACAGCCGGAGAUUAUAAUCCAGAAGCAGCAGAUCAGGACGUUAUUCACACUUGAUGUUGCUGACUGGAAGGCGUUAAAGAUAGUUUCUUUAAGCAAGGCGAACAGGAUCAGAUUUUACUCACUAUGGGGGUUCGUGGACUUCACGGCUACAUCGAGAGCAACAGUGAUUUUCUGAAGACCAGCUUCUUUAGAGAAAGCAAACUCGUCAUCGAUGGAUGCAACUUGUAUUACCUUCUUUACUUCAAGUCUCACCUGGACCAAGCACACGGCGGGGCUUAUGAAGACUUUGAGAAAAUAGUUACACUGUUUUUUAAAAAUCUCAGACUCUGUGAUAUUGAGCCCUACGUGGUGCUCGAUGGGGGGACCGACGUCAGUGACAAAAAAUUUGACACCCUGAAGAAAAAUCGCCAAGACAAAAUCACAAAAGCCGAUGCCUUGUCCAGGGGCCAUUCAGGAGACGUUUUACCCAUUCUCACCAAAAAUGUGUUCAAGCAGAUCCUCCAGAAACUUGAGAUUCCCUUUAUUCAGUGUCUGGCAGAAGCGGAUUGGGAAGCAGCCGCAUUGGCCAACGAGUGGGCGUGUCCUGUUCUGUCCAACGACAGCGAUUUCUACAUCUUCGGCAACCGGGGCGGAUUUUUGCCCCUCAAUCAUUUCCAGUGGACGGAAGUGAGUCUGAUGAGAAAGGAUGAAAAAAAAUUCAUCCCUGCCAAGUCAUACCAUGUUCAAAAUCUGCGUACUGCUUUUAAUAGCAUGAAUAAAUAUAAUCUUCACCUUUUUGCCACCAUCCUGGGCAAUGACUACACCAAACUGGACAGGAGAGCGUUUCCAAACUUCUCAAGGUUCUCAACCAGACCUGGAAGAAUCGCCCAGAUCGAUGGCUUACUCGUGUGGUUAUCACGCUUCCCCAACCCAGAGCAAGCCAUCGCUGGUCUCCUGAGCCCCCUGGGGAAGAACAUGAAAUCAGCCAGCAUUGGAAACACAAUACAUCAGGGAAUGGCAGAGUACAGACUCAAUCCCAGCUCCAUUGCCCAGUUCUUCAUAAGCGGAGAACCUCAGAUCAAGCUUCCAGGCCCUUUACAGAACCUGCCGGACUGGAGUCUGAAACCUCUGGCAGAAGGCAAGCUGGCCUUCUCCGUCAUUGACGUCCUGACACUGCAGAGGCUCAUGAUGAACAUCCAGGUGGAGGAUUUUGGACUGAGCAGCAGCAGCGAGACGUCUCGGCCGAUACGACAGGUGAUGUACGGCGUACUGCUGUGUACCAGGAAGAAGAAAGACGGUAAACGCGGCACGUCUUCUGGAGAGAACCAGCAAUACUACGUGGAGGAAUACGACAGGCAGGAAAUAACGCUGAGCAGCACCAUGGUUCCAGCUGUUCUACCGACACGUGUAGUAACACACCUUCACCUGGACUCGCUGUGGGAGGUGCCGCAGCACUGGCGUCUGCAGGUCGUGUUGGAGGCUCUUGGUGUGUCUCCGGUCGCCGAUUCCUUCCAUGUCCCUGAAGGUCUGCAGCUAGCCGUGUACGUCACGUGUUUCUGGCUAAAACACGCGAAACCUGAGCCGAGAGCAGAAAUGCUCUGGGCUUUACUGACUGGCCUGGUCUACACACACCUGUGCAGAGAAGAACAGACUGAGGAAGAGAUUGCACCAGUGAUUUCGAGGUUUAAAAAGCUGCAGGAACGUACAGGUCAGAAGUUUUUGGACCUGGAGCAGGCUCACGCUUACUGUCAGUGGCAGUCCUGUCUGAAUGACAGCUUCAAUCUGAACCAGCUACUGAAUCAUCCCGUCCCUGAGCCGGAGUUAGCAUGGUUGUACUGCGGCUCUUUGGUGCACGGUGUCACCCAUGAGCUGAAAAGAGGCCUCACACCCGAGUCUCUUCUCGCCGGAGCCCCCGUCGCCAUCAGGCUUUACCAGAACCUGCAGGCCGCAGUGGAGCGCGAGCUGGACGACGAGUCCGUCACGACGAUCAGGACUAGGACGUGGCCGGGGGAGGAACUGAGCGAGGAGUUUAAACAUCUGAUGGACAAGGACAAGGAUGAAGAUCAGUGCAUGGUGAGGAAGGAGAAGAAGUAAAAGAAGACGACGACGAUGUUCUUCUCAGGAACAUCGAUUAUUGUAAAAGUCUUUUUCAUUCUCCGUGUUUACAGAAUAAUCGGAGACUUGCACUAAUGUGCGUGGAGGGGAAAUGUUUUGGUUUUUAAUAAUUCUAUCAGAUUUUAUUCCAAUGUGAACUUCUGAAACACGAUCUUUGGGCUUAACAAGACGCUGUCAAGGAUCUUCCCUGGUCUUCAGGCAGGAGGAAUUAUUAUUGUUUAGCGGAGUAUUGGGGAGAUAUUUUGUAACUGCAGUAGUGAUGGUUUUUAUGCCCAGCGUUAACAGCUUGCACCAAUAAAAUCUCAUUUAACUCGA